AUGACUACUUUCGAAUCAAACCCCGAUUUCACUCUCUUUCCUUUGCACGCCCGAUCCAAGAUGAUGACUGUUGAAGCUGCCAGGCCUAAACAGCUCUACUUCGAACCCAUGACCAUGGAUCCUUCCAUGUUCUUUCCCGUUGAGAGCUUCCCACAUUAUACACAGGGCCAUGAUAUGUCCCAUGCUUCUCAUUCCUACUACGAUACCCACCCGUUGCUGGAGUCUGCAGAUCUACAAAAUCCUACAUAUUUCUCUUCUAUACCAGCUACGCCCCCUUCAAUCUCUGCAUAUAACUCCGCGGAGCCAUAUAUCCCUACCGGAUCUGCUACCUCCGGGCAAUCUAUUGCCAGCGCAUCUUCUUCAGCCAUGGGUUCACCAUACUCAGGGACCGCCCAUGCGUUCCAGGAGACCUGGGUGAAUACGAACCACGGGUUGGGUCUACAAGCCGCAGUGAUGAACGACAUUUUCUCUCAGGAGUACGUGGGGAGCACAUUGGACAUGGAAAUGGCCUACCAAGAAAAAUUCCCGGACCCUUUCGUCGAUCCUUCAUUGAUCCAACCGGCGCAACAAGGUCCUGGAAUUACCCCGACUAUCUCAUAUCCCGAUCAACCUACCUCGUCCUACUCAAAUGUGCCACCCAACUACAUCUCUCACUCUCCCGCCCCAUCACCUCUCCCAUAUAAUGACAUCGCAGAGCACCACACCUCUCCCCGAUCACACCCUAUACAACAAACUGGACCAUCUCCCCUCAUGGUCCCACACAGGUCGCAUUCGCGACCACUCUCGAUCUAUGAUCGACGAUCGUCAAUUUCCUCGAUUCAUUCCCGACGCUCGCAACACAGCCCAGCGCUGAGCAGCAUUGAACCGGACGAAGAGACCAAAGAAAAAGGCCGCUGCCCACACCCUGAUUGUGGCCGAGUGUUCAAAGAUCUGAAAGCCCACAUGUUGACUCACCAGUCCGAGCGACCAGAGAAGUGCCCGAUCCUGAACUGCGAGUACCACAUCAAGGGCUUCGCCCGGAAGUACGACAAGAACCGCCACACCCUGACCCACUACAAAGGAACAAUGGUAUGCGGUUUUUGCCCGGGCUCCGGCUCCCCCGCGGAAAAGAGCUUCAACCGCGCCGACGUCUUCAAGCGCCAUCUGACCUCCGUCCACGGUGUGGAACAAACCCCACCAAACUGCCGGAAACGCAGCCCCGGAGUAGCCAAGAAGGGCACCAACUACAGCUCCGAUGCGACAGGAAAGUGCUCAACCUGCUCGUCGACCUUCAGCAACGCGCAGGACUUCUACGAGCAUCUGGAUGACUGCGUUCUCCGCGUCGUGCAGCAAGAAGAGCCCUCGGAGGCGAUCAACCAGCAGCGUCUGGCAGAGGUCGCUUCAGACGACGAGGUCAAGAAGACAAUGGAGAAGCAUCAACUGCUCGACGUGGCUGGCCCGGUCGAUCAAUUCGACGAUUACGAAGACCAAGACGACGAUGAUACCCACGAUCCUUCGAGCUGGCGCGGCCUGAAGACUAAGCCCAGAUCCUCAAAGGGUAACAUCCCUUCUUCCCGCCCUAUUCUCGGCUCUGGCAAUGCCAUCUCCAAGAAUUCCUCGAAGCCUCGCGCUGUUGCAACCCGUCGCCGCAAUAACCGCGGCAACUAUCCCAACUCCUGGGGCUGCCCCAGCAGCACCAUGAAGACCAAGAAGCGUGUGCUGUGUGUCUUUGAUGGUCAGCGCCGUCUGUGGAAAGACGAGAUGAUGCUCAAUAACGAGUUCGAGGUCCGUCUGAGACUCCCCGGUGGCGCGGGCGAUGGCACCAACCGCGAUGCCUAUGUUACCGACCUGGACGUCGAGACAUUGAAGCGCGCUGAGGGUGUACACAAUGCUACCGAUGAGGAGCGUGGUCCUUGGUUGAAUGGUCCUUCGCCUCACAUUAUGGGUCAGCCGGCGAUGUUAUUGCCAGAACUGUGCCAGUCCCAUGAUGAUGAGCUUUCGAUCAACGAAUUAAUGGCUUAA